AUGAGCGACAAACUCACCCGUAUUGCCAUUGUCAACAGUGACAAGUGCAAACCGAAGAAAUGUCGGCAAGAAUGCAAGAAAUCCUGCCCCGUCGUUCGUAGCGGCAAGCUGUGCAUCGAAGUUACCCCCGACUCGAGACUCGCGUUCAUCUCCGAAUCGCUAUGCAUUGGUUGUGGUAUCUGCCCCAAGAAGUGCCCAUUCGCCGCCAUCACAAUCAUCAACCUGCCCACGAACCUCGAGAGCCAAGUCACCCACCGUUAUUCGGCCAACAGCUUCAAGCUUCACCGACUGCCUAUGCCACGGCCCGGCAAUGUAUUGGGUCUUGUGGGAACAAACGGUAUCGGCAAGAGUACGGCGCUCAAAAUCCUCAGCGGUAAGCUCAAGCCAAACUUGGGCAAGUUCGACAACCCGCCGGACUGGGAGGAUGUGAUCAAGUAUUUCCGUGGCUCGGAACUGCAAAAUUACUUCACGAAGUUGCUGGAGGAUGAUCUCCAAGCUGUGGUUAAGCCACAAUACGUCGAUCAGCUUCCGAAGGCUAUUCGAGGUCCCGACAAGUCUGUGAAGGCGCUUAUCGAGAAGCAGGUGGCUCUGAACAACCUUGACGAGGUUCUCGACACCCUGGAGCUGAGGCACAUUUACGAUCGUGAUGUCCCCCUGCUCUCCGGUGGAGAGUUGCAACGAUUUGCCAUUGGUAUAACUUGCGUCCAGAAGAAGGAUGUCUACAUGUUUGACGAGCCUUCUUCCUAUCUCGAUGUCAAGCAACGUUUGAGCGCUGCUCGAAUUAUCCGGUCUCUCUCAACGCACAACAACUAUAUCAUCGUUGUCGAGCACGAUCUGUCCGUCCUGGAUUAUCUUUCUGAUUACAUCUGCGUUCUCUACGGACAGCCCGCUGUGUACGGUGUGGUGACACUGCCUCAUUCCGUCCGUGAGGGUAUCAACAUCUUCCUCGAUGGUCAUAUUCCAACGGAGAACCUUCGCUUCAGAGAGGAGUCUCUCACGUUCCGUAUCGCGGAGGCGCAAGACGAAUUUAACGCUGAUAGGAGUCGUGCUUUCAAAUACCCCGCAAUGCAGAAGGCCCUCGGAAACUUCAGUCUUCGUAUUGAUUCUGGUGACUUCACCGACUCCGAAAUUAUCGUCAUGAUGGGUGAGAAUGGAACUGGCAAAACUACUUUCUGUCGUCUCCUUGCUGGUGCUCUGAAGCCCGAUAAUGGCAAGAAGGUUCCAGAGAUGAGAAUUAGCAUGAAGCCCCAGACUAUUACGCCUAAGUUUGAGGGUACAGUCCGCCAGCUGUUCUUCAAGAAGAUCCGCGCUGCAUUCCUGUCUCCUCAAUUCCAGACCGAUGUUGUCAAGCCCCUGAAACUGGACGACUUUAUCGACCAAGAAGUCAAGAAUCUGUCUGGCGGUGAAUUGCAACGAGUUGCCAUUGUUCUUGCCCUAGGCAUGCCGGCCGAUAUCUAUUUGAUCGACGAGCCUUCCGCCUACCUCGACUCCGAGCAGCGUAUCAUUGCUGCCCGUGUCAUCAAGCGUUACAUCAUGCACGCCAAGAAGACAGCCUUUAUCGUCGAGCACGACUUCAUCAUGGCCACCUACCUUGCUGACCGUGUCAUUGUAUUUGAUGGCAAGCCGGGUAUCGAUGCCCAUGCCAAUGCUCCGGAGUCGCUCUUGACCGGCUGCAACAGCUUCCUGAAGAACCUUGAUGUCACAUUCCGUCGCGAUCCUACCAACUACCGCCCUCGUAUUAACAAGGGCGGCUCUCAGCUCGACCAGGAGCAGAAGAUGAGCGGCAACUUCUUCUUCCUGGAAGAGGGUGACAAGAGCAGUUGA